UUUUCACUAAAGAUUCUUAAUAGUUUUAAACAUGUAAAGAAGGUAUUAUAAGAAGGUGUAUCUCUCAAAAUGCGGUUUAAAGGCUUUAUAGGUUCUUCUGAUAAGAUUCAAAUCCUUUUUAGAGUAAGACAUGUAAGUAUAUCUUUGAUAUAUGAUCUUCAGCAGAUUAGCAACCUUCUUGUUGAAUAAGCUGCUGCUAAAACAAUGUACCAAAAUACAAAAUUUUUAAAGUAGCUAUAGCUUGAGACCUUCUGUCUCAAGCACUGGUAGUCUUUGUAAGAUUGCAUACCUGUCCUAUAGUGGCAAGCUCUUUCAUUUUUUGCAUUGAAAAAGAAUUAUAUUCAUUCCAGAGAAUACCAAAAGGUCUGUGGGAGAUCUCCCAUAAAUACCUGAAAUGCUCCUUCACUUCAAGUAAUUGCUCUUUAACUAAUUUUCCCUGAGAGAAAAAUGUCCAACAAUUCCAAUCUCCUUCUCAAAAUCUAACAAAAAUCGAAAACCAAUCCCUCAAUCCAUCAAGCCUCUCAAAUCAAACCAAACACAUCUGAAUCUUUUCCACUCCUUAUCCCUCUGAACAAAUCACCCCUAUCUUCCUUACCAAAUUUUCACACAUUCCUCACUACACCUCUCCUAAAAUCCCAAAAUUACUAACACCAAUUCCAUUAUCCACCCCUUAACCC